AUGUGGAGCUUCGGCGAGAAGGAGAAGGACGCUGGCACGACGAUCCCGACGCUGAGCUACGAUGCGGCGUCAGAGGACGAAGAUGACUGGGGCCACAAGCCACACUCGCGCCGCAAGAGCCGCACGUCGCUCGCCGAGACGCGCAACGGCCUGCGCUUCCUGGCGCUCAAGCGCGAGGAGGUCGAGAUCGAGGACGACGCCAGCUUUGUCUCCACGCUGCGGCCGGAGAAGGAGGGCGUCGGACAGCCGCUCUGCCAGGAGACGGAGAGGAAGGCGCGGUGGAACACGUUCAAGUGGGUGCUGUUUAUCAGCGUCAUCGUGCUGUUCAUCUAUGGCACCAUCGGCCUCAUCUGCUCGUUGUUGACAUGGUCGCGCUCGUGGGAGCGCGCCGACGUCUCUGCUGUCGUGGACACAGACAUCCUGAUCUUCCUCACACUGGCAUCGUUCCUCUGUCUGCUUACCGCCGUGGUCGGGCUCUGCGGCACGAUCCUGAACAGCCGGCCCAUUCUCUCGCUGUACGCCUUCUUGCUAUGGCCGACGCUCGUCAGCCUGCUCGUCGUUGGCUACUCGAGCUACAAGCGCGAGAACCUGCGUCUGGACCGCAAGCUCAACAUGGCGUGGAGUCGCUACUUCGACGACCUUGAUCGUCUGCGGAUACAGAACAAUCUGCACUGCUGUGGCUUCUACACGCCGCUACACCAAGCCACAUUCUCUCGCACCUGCUAUCCGCGCACCUCGCUGCCGGGAUGCAAGGGCAAGCUGUUCCGCUACGAGCGCCUGGCGCUGCGGCGGCUGUACAGCGCCAUCUUCUCCGUCGUCUUCCUGCAUCUCGGCUGCAUUGCCGCCUCGCUGCUCUGCUCCAACCACGUCAACUCGACGUUCGGCAAGGGCCUGACGCCGCGCGCCUACCGCCUCGACAUGACGCAUGUGCGCCGGAACGCCAUCAGCAUCAUGGGCGCUCUCACCGCCGCCGACGCAGCGCGCUCAGCUGCUUCGCUGGCACCUCCAGCCGGAGGACAAGGCGGCGAGAAGAGCUUUGCGUCCAUCGACCUGCAGCGUCCCGAGCAGCCGGCCGCUACGCCACGCUCAGCCUUCCAUCCGCGCAACAUCAUGGCGCGCACGACGCUCGCGGCCGCGUCACUCUUCGACCGCCCGGCGCUGCCGCCCAAGAGCCCUGCGCGCCAGACGUACGCCUUCACCGCGCCAAGCAACGCUUUCGCAGGUGCCAGCAUGCAGGAGCACAGCAUCCGGCCCGUGCGCAGCGACGCUCGGCGAGAAGCGCACGACGACGUCCGCGGCCUGGGCUUCGAUGUCGACCUGGGCCGGCGCGAGGCGGGCGAGAUGGAUGCGCAGCGCCUCGGACGCCCGAUGCGCUGA